AGUGCAAAGCCUAAAUCUAAUGCACUUCCACGAAUAUCUUUGACAUGCAGUGUGUACACGGCAAUAUCGUUGCAUCUCUGUCGCAAGAACGGCAAACAGAAUAAAACAACCCCUCGUCGGACAAGUGAAGAUGCAAAACUUCACCGUGUCCUUGUAAGCGCGGGGCCGGUCGGAUAAACGAAAUGCCAUGAAUACUCAUCAGCCGUCCAGUGACACCGGAGCAUAAAAAGAGAUAUGCCACCAACCCGGGCGGGGGGGACUGAACAAAAUACAUUAUAAUGAUACGAGUGUGACGAAGCGAACGAAGAAGCACGCGCAUAGAAAACCAUCGAAACAGAAAGCACCACAAACAGACGAGCGACAGGGAUAUGCUGCAAAAAGUGGGAUAGCUGGGGUGUUCGCAUCGGGGCGGCAAAAAGAAACAAGCAGCGCACGUUUCAUAUCCAUGCUGGGGUGUUGUAUCGUUGCGACCAGACACGGAACGGUGCGGUCGAAGCUUCGAAAAGCAGGAGCCACGCGAAAGGUUUCCACUUCAAGUACACGAAGCACGGCAGCGGUAACAGUUAUUACAAACUUCAAUUACCACCGUCGUCCUCGGGGCCAGAUGCUUGCCAGUCAGAUGGGGCCAGAUAGAUGCUUGCCAGCCGUCGUAGUGUAGAGUGGUGGUGCGCGUUUGAUCGUCCGUUGAUCGCGAUCGUGCGUUUUGCUAGGCGAAUGUGAUAGUGAAAUGUGUGCCAUUUAGUACGGCUGUAUGUGUAUGUGUGUGUUUGCUUCAUAUUCACCCCGGUUUGAAUGAUCAUGUUUGUCUCGCCAGUAACAAUUCGAGUAGCGGGUUCGAUUCCAGCUAUGCAUGUGUUGGAGUAAUCGCUACAUACGCUGCAGUGCAUGCAGACGAAGAUAACACACACGUGAGCCACAGCAGAAGGAAGUAAAAGUGAGUGAAAUUUGUUGGUGCAGCGGUGUAGUGCAAAACCAGUUUUUACUUCAUUUGCCGCGUUAUUAGACGCAUUCAAACGCCCGGGCGAUUUGCCACUCUGACGGAAGUUGAAAGUGAAAAAGUGUGGCUUGGCGGCUGCGGUAGCGGAGCCGACACUUUUGCAGAACAGCUUGGCGCGCGCGCGUUUCGUACCAUUUGCAGAAAACCAACCAUGUUAGCAUCCAAAGGCAAACCUUUCUCGUUCGAUCAGACUGAGCUUAAUCCGUCCAGGAAUAAGCCGUCUGUUCGAAGAACGAUGAUGGAUGUGAUAGUAUUUCUGCUAACGUCGUUAGGAUACAUAUUGCAGGCAUUUUACUAUCAAAUAUUCGGCGUACCAAAGAAAGACUUGAAUGGAGAGAUAGCAUUAGUGACUGGCGGAGGAGGCGGUCUUGGACGGUUGUUAGCCCUUCGGCUCAUAAAGCUCGGCGCCAAGGUUGUGCUGUGGGAUAUAAAUCAGGAAGGGCUAGAUGACUCGGUAAAGCUGAUCCAAUCCCUGGGAGGCCUCUGCAAAGGUUACAAAGUGGACAUUUCAAACAAGGAAGAGGUGUACAAGUAUGCGAAAAUCAUACAGGAAGAUAUUGGUGAUGUAACGUUACUAUUUAACAAUGCCGGUGUCGUGUCCGGACGUGCCCUUUUAGACACACCGGAUCAUUUGAUAGAGCGAUCGUUCAGCGUCAAUGUACUUGCACAUUUCUGGACGACAAAGGCAUUUCUUCCGGCUAUGCUGAAAAACGACCAUGGGCACAUUAUAACCAUCGCUUCUCUGGCCGGCCAUGUCGGUAUAUCGAAGCUGGUCGAUUAUUGUUCCAGCAAGUUUGCUGCGGUUGGCUUUGACGAAGCAUUACGGUUGGAAUUGGAGCAUCUUCGAGCUCAGGGCGUAUUUACGACAGUCAUUUGCCCAUAUUUUAUCCAAUCGACUGGAAUGUUCGACGACGUUAACUCCAGAUGGGUUCCUACACUGGAUUCGAACGACGUAGCAGAUAAAAUCAUUGAAGGUGUUCAGAAAAAUGAGAAAUACGUCAUAAUCCCAGGAUAUUUGCGUUUAAUGUUGGCCAUCAAAUGGGUAUUUCCGUGGGGAUGCAAUUCCGGAUUUUUGCGACGAUUGGUGCCGGACGCUGCCCCGCAACAUACUAUAACAACGUUUAGCAACGCGGAAUGCGAUACCACAAAAGAGAUGGCCAGCACAUUUGCCAGUGAUAAUAAUAAUACCACCAAACCAUCGCCCCUACUCGUCCACAGACAAUGCACUGGCGAACGUGUGCUAUAAGCGAUCGGAGAAACUGCGCGAUGCGUUAGAGUGUAAUGAUAAUUAGACAGCCAGCACGGAUGGAGGAUAAAACCCAUUUUAACGCUCAAACCAGGAGCGAUGUAUCUGGACGCCAUUUUCAAAACAAUUCAACUUGUCUUAAGAUGAAACCAGGCUCUGCUGGAUAUACCCUGGGUGAUUUCGAACGGGGAGUGAGAUAACAUACAGUGAUGCACAGGAAUUGGAUUCAAAGGCAUGUAAUGAAAAUGCUGGUUUAAUAUAGGACAUAAAUAUGGUAGAACUGUAUUAAUUAGUUUGGGGAACAAAAUAUGAUGAAUCGCGAGAUAUGCAAGAUUUGUUAAAUUUCAAACGGGCGUACGGAAUAUCGGUUAAGUACGGGUAUAUGCAUCGCUACUUGCCCUGUUGUUAAUGUUAGAAUCGUGAUUACCUGUGACUUAAUUCAGGCAUCGUUUGAAUUGCCGUUCUGAUCCGAUAGAGUAGUACAGCGCCAAAAGUGCUGCUGUGUCCGGUUCUGUUGCAUAUUCGACGGUUGUAAUACAUGAACACAAUAAAUAUUAAUGCUCUGUCAGUAAACCAUAAGUAACGCAAACAUGUUGUUUAUGAUAUUAAAGUCAAACGAAUAUUAUUCGAAUUAGCCCAACAAUUUGUAACUGCUCCCAAUCUACCUACAGAUUCAAAAACUCAAAGACUUUAUUUUCCAUGGCUGGACCUUAUACUCCAUUGGAGGCAAUUGAAUUAUGAUCCAACAAAUAAAUCUUGAUGUAAUAAAUUAGUAAGAAAACAUAAAA